AUGGCGGGUGGUCGUGGCCGUGGUCGUGGCCGUGGCCGUGGCCGUGGUCGUGGUCGUGGCCGUGGUCGUGGCCGUGGCCGUGGUCGUGGUCGUGGCCGUGGCAGGGCCGAACGCGGUGGAGCGAAGGCGGUGGCGGCGGUGGUGGGGGAUGCCCAUGGUGAGGAGGCCGCGUUUGGCUGGGAGGUGGGUCACUGCGCAGCCACGCGGGUGCCACCCAAAACCCCAGAAGGCGUGAGCGCGGAUACUUUGGUUGCUUCCGACGGGCUCGAUCUCUACAUCGUGCGCAUUGCCAGCAUCACCAGCGUCCCCGACAAGCAAGGCACCACAUCACGGCGGGAGGGCCAACGUGCAGUCACGGAGAGGGACAACAAGGGCGAGGAGGAGAAACAGAUGAGCAGCAGUGAGGAGGAGAAGCAGACAACCCUCAAGGAGACGCCUCAGUCCAGUGACGCCCAUGCUGCAACACGCGGCAAAGACAGCGGAGAAGAAGGAGGAGACCAGGAAGGCCCGUCAGCUGCACGCCCAUCCCAGAAAUCAUCAGCAGUCGCCAGAAUAAAGGCCAGAGAAGCCGGCCGCGGCCACAGCAGCAAGGACGACGAUCCGGAAACGACAGGACCCGCCACAGAACAGCAUGAGGCACGCAGUGCUUCCAGCAAAGACGCACAGGAACAGCAGGAACAUCAAAGCGACGCCAACGACGACGACGACGACGAUGAUGAUGACGAUGAUGAUGUUCAUGAUGGCGAUGAGAAAGUGCAGCCCAAGGAUGUGGAAGUGGAGGUCCAGUACUUUGUGCGACCAUCACAGCUUCCGGUGCCAGUGGCCAAAGAUCGCAAGUGGUUUGCGCAGGAGAUGGUCUUCGCUCCUGAUCUCAUUGCGCGCCUGACACUGGCGGACCUCGAAAAACACCAGUGCGCGGUGCUCUCUGAUGAGGCAUACAGCAGCGACCUUGCUGAACCAGCCGUCGCCAGCAAGAACACGUUCCGCUGCUCGCUGGCCUACAGCGUGCGCUCUGGCUCCCUCGACACAUACACACCGGACCACGCGCACCUGCACCUGCAGCCGCGCAAGAACAAGAAGGCAACAUCCAAGCAGACUGGCCGCAAAGGCGCCAACACAACAACGACAGCAGCAGAAGAGGCAGACACAUUGUCAGUGGCAGCAGGGACAGGCGACACCAGCGGCGACGAAGUAAAGCGGUCGUGGACGGCAGAUGAUGUGCUGUAUCUGAUGCAGGCGUCACGUGACCUGCAGCCGGGCCCGCCCAUGAUCCUCGCAGGCCGCCCGGUUCGCUUCCUCUCAUCAACAAACUGCGAGAUGCUCGGCGCAACAUCCAACACUAGCAAGAGCGGCACGGCGGGUGCUCCCAGAGACGUGUUUGGGCUCUUGCACUCGCUCCAGACCGCUGCGCACACGCACACACACGCCGACCACGCCGACGACGAACGCACGCCAGAGGCCGCAUCACAGCUCCGCCAUCUUGCCGCCCGCCGCGCUGCGCAUGUCUCAGGCGAUCAUGCAGAUGAUGAUGAGUCACCAGAUUCGAAGCGGUCGAAGCCAGCCGCGGGCGGCGCGUCGCUCGUACAGAAGCUCCUCCAGGGCCAGAUCUCACCAUCACCAGCAUCGCCACCAACACCAUCAUCACCAGCACCAGCAACAUCGGCGUCGGAAGAAGAGCAGGAAGAGACGAAGAAGGAGAAGGAGAAGGAGGAGAAGAAGAAGGGGACGGGCACCAAGACGAUGCAGUCCACGACGCCCACACCCUCCAAGCGAGGCCGAGGCCGUCCGCGCAAAUACGCGCGCGACGAACUCGGCCGCCCGGACAAAUCACGUCCUCUUGAUUCCACACUAUCGUCAUCAGCGAAGCGAUCACCACCAUCAACGGCACCACCAACAGCCACUGCCGCCGCUGCGACGAAGAAAGCAAAAAGGGGUCCUGGUCGGCCUCGUAAGAACCAAACAGCAUCAACAGCUACAGCAACAACAUCAGCAGCAUCAUCGUCGAUGGCCAUUGAGAGCACUGCGCUGCCGGCCUCAAACGUCUUCAAGCACCCGUUCUCAGGCGGCCUUGACGUGGAUGAGUACUUUGCUGAGCACCACUCGAGCGCAACCAAGACGUCCAAGAACACGCUUGCCCGUGUUGCCUUGUCCAAGAUGACGGAGGGGGACGUGUGGUCGCACAUCAAGUCGUACAAGGACGCGUUUGAAACGGACAGGGAAGCCGUCGCCAGCAAACUUCGGCAACAGUUCCCCACGUGGCAACAGCACAUGCGCGCGGGCUUCAACAUCCUCCUCCACGGCCUCGGAUCAAAGAAGGCGAUUGUGUGUGAAUUUGCUGAGAGAUACCUAAGCAGCGAGCACGUUAUCACCGUCAACGGAUACUUUCCAUCGCUCACCAUCAAGCAGGUGCUGAACACGAUCACGUCUGCGGUGCUGAGCGUGACUGCGGCGCCACGCGAUGCUAUUGACCACGCAAAAGCCAUCAAGCUCUACUACGAAGAAACACCCGGCCUGCCCGAUCUGUAUCUUCUCAUCCACAACAUUGACGGGCCCAAGCUCAGAGCAACAGCAGCGCAGGAUGCAUUGAGUGUCCUUGCUUCGACGAAGCAAAUCCACAUCAUCGCCACCAUUGACCACGUCAACAGCCCACUCUUGUGGGACUACGGGACGCUUGGGCGGUUCAACUUUGUGUGGAUGGAGGCUGCAACCCACUCGCCGUAUUCGCGUGAGACAUCGUAUGCUGAAACGCUCGUACUCAAGACAUCACAGAUCAAAGUGGAAGCGGUGCAGCACGUCAUGUCGGCCCUGCCGUCCAACGCGCGAAAGGCGUACUGGAUCCUCCUCGAUUACAUGACCAACAACCCGGACGUCAAAGGCGUGCCGUUUGAGGAGUACCUGUCCAUGUGUACGGAGAAUUUCGCCGCCCGAAACGAAUUGCGGUUGCGGGCGUUUCUGCGCGAGUUUAAGGAUCACAACCUCGUGGCCCUCACCACGGUUGAUGGGAAUGAGUUUUGCAAGAUUCCUGCGGAUGCAGACACAAUCAAGGAGGUUAUUGCAACCAUGGAAGAGCACUUCCCAGUGAGCUCCGAACAAGACGAAAAACCGUCCUAA